AUGAGAUCGACGAUAGUAGCCAUAAGUGUAAUGAUUAUGACAAUCUGUGGAGUAUUGGGCAUGUAUUAUACUAAUCGUAAGCCACAAUAUGUAGCAAAAAGUAGCAAACAAUCACGUCGUGAAAUGCUGCAAUUGAAACAACUGGCAAAAAUGACACAGGAACAGAAAAAUGAACAACGAGAACGAAUCUGUAUGCAACGCGUGGAACAAUAUCAAAAAUUGGAACAAGCUCAGAUAAAAGGUCUUCGAGUGGUCGUAGACUUGGCAUUUGCAGUUGAUCAGACAAUUCGAGAGCGUCAUAGUAUUUUCAAGCAACUUGGAUGUGCGUAUGGAUACUUGAAAGUUUGUCCGCUGGAUCAACUCUUGUCACUGCAACUUGUGUCUUGUACGCACGAACUUGCGUUAAUAUGUGCUCUGCGUGGUGUGUUGAGCUGGAAGAUUGGAAGGCAUGAGGAACCGCUUGAACAGCUUUAUGACGCCCGUGAGCUCGUCUACCUUUCACCCGAUUCGGAAACUGUCCUCACACAGCUUGAUCCAGCCUGCGUUUAUGUCGUAGGUGGCAUCGUUGAUCGCUCCGUGCGCAAGGGACAAACAAAGGCGAAGGCAGCUUCACAUGGUAUUCGAACUGCAUGUUUGCCACUUCAAGAGCACUUUGGCACACGAGUGCGAACUCACAUCAUGAACCUAGAUUCUGUCAUUAUUGCGCUAAAUGAAGUGGCAAAUCAUGGAGACUGGGUGCGUGCAUUCAAGCGAGCAGUUCCUCCAAGGAUCGUUCGCAGGAAGGGACGGCACACAAAGUAG